AUGAAAAGCUUCGCGUACAUACUUUUAUUCAGCGGUAUAACCCUCGCUUCCGGUACAACUUUUCGAGCACGGACGGCUACAAAUUUCACUCUCGACACGAGGGGUUUCAGUGGCGACGACGGCUUUGGCAACUAUGGACAUCUAUCAAAAGUCGGCGGUUGUCAAGAUCCGAAUGAUGCUCCAUGUCCUAACGUCAACGGAUGUUGUCCUAUAGGCGUUACAUGCACUGCUACGGGUUGUGACAUUCCUUGUACUAGUGUGGACAUACCUUGUGGUGUGGGUUGUUGUGAUCCCAACCACGUUUGCACGGCUGAUUUCACAUGUGCUCUACCCACUGGAGGAGGCGGUGGAGGAGCUGGUGGAGGUACUACUGGAGGAGGCGGUGGAGGAGCUGGUGGAGGUACUACUGGAGGAGGUGCUGGAGGAGGUGCUGGUGGAGGUGGUACCGGUGGAGGCGCUGGUGCUGCACUGGUAAUACUACAACAACCACUGGUGGUUCUGGCACCGGCAGUAGCACUAAUACUGGUUCUGGCACUGGCGGUUCUAGCACCGGCGGUAGCACUAAUACUGGUUCUGGCACCGGCGGUAGCACUAAUACUGGUUCUGGCACCGGCGGUAGCACUAAUACUGGUUCUGGCACCGGCGGCAGUGGCAAUGGCAACUUUCCUAGUGCUUCUAAUAACAUUAGGACACCUAUGUUUUCUUCCAUGGUGUUGA